UAUUCCUAUUCUUUACUCUGGAUCCCAGUUGGAUCUUACUUGUCUUGGCGGCGGCAUUUACUGGUAGCUUGGGAAAUCCACAGCUACAAGUGGAUUGUUUCAAUGAUAUUAUAAAACGGGACGGAAAGCGAUAGAAAUAAAAAAAAAAAGAGAUAAUUCAACAGAAUCAAAGAAUAUUUACGUAUAUAUAUACAGAUAGAUAAAAACAUUUAUAUAUAAUCAUCUUUGAAGUUUGUGAAAAUAUUUAACUAAGCAAGAGUACGUAAAUUGUAUUAAGACCGGGAGGCAAUCCUAACACUGGUAACAGCCGUUACGCAGUCAUACAUAUCCACUUCGACAGGGUAAUUGUUUUUUGACAAACAGAAAGGAAAUCAUUAUUUUUGUUGGAAGAUAUCAGUUAUACUGGACAAACACAAUAGAUCCAGUGGCACUAGAUAAGAUAUAGUAUAAAUACUAUUUUGCGAGGGAGACAUCAAAUUGUUGAAAAUUUUUCGUCAUACCGGCAAGCUUUUCUGUUGUAAUUGGAGAUAACAUUUGUCUGAUAGCAUCUUUUACAAGGAAUUUUUGGUGACACUGUAUUGAUACUUAACGGCUUCUAAGCAACAUCUACUGCGAGACAAAAUUACUGUGUAAUUUGUACAUACAUACUAAGGCGUACAAUUUCCCUCGGAUCUUGGAUUUUACUUUAAAAAGCUCUCCAAAAGAAUAUAAGUGUUUCUGAAGCAUCUUUGAAUUCAUCAAAAUGUCGACACGAAUUCCUAUUUUCAAAGACGAUUUAAGCUUUGAAGAUCGUCAAUCUAAAGUUUGGGAAGACAUGACCAGAGACAUGGACAGACGCCGCCGAGAAUGGGAAAAUGAAAUUGAAAAUGUUCGCAAGGGUUUCUUCUCUUUAAAACCCAAUGGUAAGUUUGAUAACAUCGCAAGUCGAUUAGGAGAUGUUGAUUUUGGAGUUGGGAGCAGUAUUGCUUCCGGCAUAAAACCAAGUGUAUGCGGAGACUUUGACGAUGCUACAGGUAUUAUUGAGAAAGAUGCUAACGGGAGACCUGUCUUCAAAGUACGCUUUGAUGUCCGAGAUUUCAAACCAGAGGAAGUCAAUGUCAAAAUGGACGCCGAUAAAAUGCAAGUCCAUGCUAAACAUGAAUCGAAGACAGGAGGGUCUUCAGUGUCUCGUGAGUACUCUCGAUCUGUAAAUAUACCCAAAGAUAUCGACCCAAUGAAUUUACAAUGCACGAUGUCGAAUGACGGUAUACUGAGUAUCGAAGCACCAUUACCUCUACCCGAAUAUGCAGCCCUAAACGAUUCGCCAAGCAGAGGAUCGACUGGUGGUGCUAUGUCGCCACCGCCAAACUCGGCUGCUCACUCGACGUCGAUCAACAACAGUGCCACACGUCCAGUCAUUGAAGAGAAAAAAUAUAAAGAUGAAAUCGAUAUUGAAGAUUAUAAGCCGGAAGAGAUCACUGUUAAGACACUAGACAAGAAGUUGGUAAUAACUGCUCGUCGCGAAGAGAAAAUCGGUAACCGCACUACAACUAAAAACAUGAGCAAAGAAUCUACCAUACCUGACAAUGUCGAUCCACUCUCUGUAAAAGCGUUCUUUGCUGAAAACGGUCGUCUGCUUAUAGAAGCUAUCUAUAAAUCUGAUGCUCGCUGCGGAAGUCCCCUUACCCGUACAGAUGCCCACCACACAUGAUUGCCACUAUAAACAGUUCACAUGUGUUUCAAUCGACAAUUAUGUAUUAAAAUUAAAAAAAAAAAAGAUGGUAAAAAAUGGUAAAACAAAAAUAAAUCAAGAAGAAACG